AUGGGAUUCUCCACAAGAUGGAUAGAUGUUUCAUUUCCGCUAGCCACUGUUGAACUGUCCACGCAACGAGCAGCUCCAAACGGUGCUCGGGAUUCGUUAAGGGCGUUGCUGCUUAUAACACUAUUCGCUCUUACAUUUGCAGCAGCUAUGUUAGCUACUGUAUUGCGAGACGACAGGGUUAGGGGCCAUAUUACUUCGUUUAUCGCAUGCAUAGGUGGUGGAGUUUUUCUAGCUACCUGCAUGCUUGAUUUAUUGCCAGACGCAGUGGAAUCCUUUGAGAAGUCUGGAUGCAAGUCGAACUUCCCAGUUGCGGAAGCAGCUGUGGCGGGAGGCUUGCUGGUGGUUCUGACAAUUGAACAGAUUGUUCUUGCGAUCCAAGAGCAUGGUUGGCUUAGAUCAAAUCAUCUUCAUCUCCACAACGAGAUUCAGGAGUUGUAUGCCUUGGAUGAUGCGGAGGACGAUACAAAUCCGAUGUUGGGAGCCUGUCUACUUGUGCUAGCACUUUCAUUACAUGCACUCUUCGAAGGCUUAUCAUUAGCUGUAAUAAGCGAUGCUUCAAAAUUGCUCGAGGUUUUCGCUGCCCUUGUACUGCACAAAUGUGUGAUCGGUUUUAGCCUCGGCGUGCGCCUUGUACAAAGUGGCAUGCGAACUCCUUGGGUAGCACUUUGUGCAAGCUUGUUUAGCGUACAGGUUCUUAUUGGUGGGCUAGGAGGAAUGGAAAUAAUGUCUUUGAUUUCCGGUGGAGAUCGAUCAAACGCUGCUUUGGUUUCUACCGUCCUGCAAGGAAUUGCGUGCGGAACGUUCCUUUACAUAACAACAUUCGAAGUUCUGCCACAUGAGUUGAGGAAAGCUGGUAAUCGAAUCACCAAACUCCUGUGCUUGUUUUUUGGCGUGUCGCUAGUUGCAGGUUUCAUGAUUAUCUUUCCUGAAGUUGAUUAA